GCUUUGCUUUGAUGUCUGUCAUAGAGCUUAAUAUAUUUUGAGGUUACGAGUUUUUUAAAACGUAGUGUUUAUAAUCUCGUUGCAUUGCCUUGUUUUAUUUAGCUUUGUGCUGCAAUUAUUGUAAUGAGUAAAAAACUUAAAGAUUUAAAAUGGGAUACUGUAGCGGUCGAGGGGUUUCCGGUAUCUUUUUCCGACAAAUUUCAAGGGUUUGUCGGACUCGAAGAGUGUACAGACUAUGCCUUGGAUAAGGAGACGAAAAAAAUUAAAAAGAAACAGAAAAAAAUGAAGAAAAAGCGACAAACAGAAGAUACCACAGUGGAAAUUCCCAGUAAAAAAUUAAAAACUGAAAAAGAAACAGUUAGACUAAGCAAUGGCUUCUUAGUUGAAUCUUGUGAAAUAACCACUCCAUCAUUUGCCAAUGAAAAAGAUAUGAAAAGUAAAAAAGGAAAUACAAAAUUCAAUAAUAGUAUUAAGAAAAAAGAAGCUCCAAAAAAAGCCAUAGAUAAACAGAGAAAAUGUAACAUAAACAAGAAACCAAAAUUAGGAGAAUGCAUGAAUGAAACAAUAUCAGAUUUAACUCCAGAAGAUAUGCUCACUUGGGCUGAAUUCAAAUUGCAAGAACCAAUAAUGAAAGCAUUGACAGAACUUGGUUUCAAAAAGCCUACUAAAAUUCAAGAGUUGACCUUACCAGCCGCUAUUCAUGGUCGUAGAGACAUUUUAGGUGCAGCCGAAACAGGUAGUGGCAAAACAUUAGCUUUUGGUCUUCCAAUACUAUCAGGUAUUAUGAAACUGAAAGAAAAGGCUGAAUUAGGCCAUGAUGUAUAUGAACUGCCUUAUAAAAAAACUUCUGUAAAAAAGAAAGUAAAACAACAAGAAAGGAAUAAAAAUAAUGCAAGAACUAAUAGAGAUAAGAAAAGGAAUGAACAAAAACUAAAAGAAUCAUCAGAAGAUGGCUAUGGAACAGAUGAAGGGUCUGAUGAUAGUAAGAAAUAUGACAAUAAUAGAAUAACGAAUAUAGAAACUCAAUUAGUUAAUAAUAAAAGUAAAAAUAUUCAAUCAAUUAAAGAUAAACACAAACCUGGUAAAAAAGUAAAUAAUGAUGAUGAUUAUUUAGAAGAAUUUAAUGUGCCUAUAAAAACUAGAAAAUUAUCAGUUGAUGAAGAUGAUGACAGUGAUGAUAGUGAAAACUACACACAUUUAUCGGAAAUGAUAGAUUCUGAUGAUUUAGAUGAAACAAGCGAUGAUGACAAUGUAACUGCAAAUUGUAUUGAAUCAGGGGAUACUGAUGAAGAUGAGAAGACAGAUCAACUUGAAAAUGCUUCAUCAAGUGACGAUGACGAGAUUGAUGAUGAAUCAAAUGAAGAUAAUACAGAAGAAAUAAAUGAAAACGAACAAGGUAUGGGUUGUGUUAAAGUAAUAGAUAAUGUGGAAAUACCAGGGCAUGUUGUAAUCAAAACUGGAAAACUGCUUUAUGCAUUGAUUUUAACACCAACAAGAGAACUAGCAAUGCAAAUAAGCAGACAUUUAAUGGCAGUCGCUAAAUACACAGGUAUAAAGGUAGCCACAGUUGUGGGGGGCAUGGCGGUGGUUAAACAGGAGAGGGUGCUCCGCUCUGGGCCAGAGGUGGUGGUGGCGACACCUGGACGAUUAUGGGAACUUAUAAACCAGGGACAGCCACAUUUGCAACAACUGAACAGCGUCAAAUUCUUAGCCAUAGAUGAGACGGACCGUAUGAUAGAGCGUGGCCAUUUUGAAGAGUUACACCCUUUAUUGGAACGAUUGAACUCAGAUGAUAAUACUAGAGGCGCGCGACAAAACUUUGUCUUCUCCGCCACUCUAACUAUGGUACACGACUUGCCUACACACAUGAAGAGAAAAAAGGUCACGAAACGAGGCAAGAUCAUCAAUAGGAGAAUUGAAAAGAUGACAUCACAGCAGAAGAUCAAACGUCUCAUCAAUAUGAUUGGCAUGACAGAUCCUAAAGUCGUCGACAUAACCACAAGCAACUUAGGCACAGCGGAGACUUUGACAGAGAGUCGCAUCACUUGCUCUUUGGAACAUAAAGAUGCUUAUUUAUACUACAUAAUUAAGAGGCAUCCGGGAAGAACUAUCGUGUUUUGCAACUCAAUUGGUAGCGUCAGAAGGUUGGCCCAGUUAAUGUCAUUACUCAAAUGUAAUCCUCUUCCUCUCCAUGCGAGUAUGCCGCAGAGACAACGACUGAAGAACUUAGAAAGGUUCCGUGAUGACCCGCACGGUGUGCUGGUGGCCACGGAUGUAGCUGCGCGAGGUCUAGACAUACCUAAUGUCGAUCACGUGAUACAUUACCAAGUACCCAAAACGGCUGAGAAUUACGUUCAUAGAAGUGGUCGUACAGCUCGUGCUACAAAGGAAGGACUUACUAUCCUCAUGAUGGAGCCAUCUGAGGCAUAUUUAUACGCCAAAUUAUGCCAGACGCUGAACAAGACGAGCGAGUUGCCAACGUUUCCCGUCGUACCACAGUGUUUAUCGUCUUUCAAAGAGCUGGUAUCACUAGCUCGUACUGUGGACGGUCUGUUGUUGAAGAAACGUCGCGCUACACAAGCGAGCGGCUGGAGAGACAAGGCCGCCAAAGAUAUGGACAUGAUCAUAGACGACGACGACUUACCAGUGAAACAAGUAGAUCCGUCCAUAGACAAGGAAUUACAGAUAAGGAAGAGACAAGUCGAGUCUUUGCUCUCGCGGCCUAUGUUCCCCAAGGGGUUUUCAUUCAAGUAUCCCACUUUGAAUGAUACUCUUCUGGUCACUAAUACAGAGGAAAACGCUCUGCAGGUAAUGAAGAAAGCCUUAGAGUCGGGGCAAUUGAAAAAGGAGAAGCGUAAAAGCAAGAAUGCACCAUUGUUGAAGUUACAGAAGAAUUAGUAAAUUAUAUAUAUAUA